AAGCGCGUGACAGCAACAUGGAUUCAGACAGGAGUACCAAGCUGGAGUUCGCGGUGCAGAUGACCUGCGACAGCUGCGUGAAAGCAGUGAGGACUGCGCUGGAGAGAGCCCCAGGAGUGCAGUCUGUGAAGAUCGACCUGGCUCGGGAGGAGGUCCUGGUGGAGUCCGCCCUGACGUCCCAGGAGGUUCAGGCUCUGAUCGAGAGCACAGGGCGACAGGCGGUGCUCAAAGGGAUGGGCACGGACGAGAAGGACCUGGGCGUGGCAGUGGCGAUGCUUGGCGGCACUGGCCCUGUGCAGGGAGUGGUCCGAUUCCUUCAGGUGACGGAGGACCGCUGCCUGGUCGAUGGGACCAUUGAUGGCCUGGAGCCCGGGCCACAUGGCCUGCACGUGCAUGAGCUGGGAGACCUCACCCGGGACUGCCUGAGCUGUGGGGAGCACUUCAACCCUUUUGGCAAACAGCACGGCGCCCCCCAGGAUUCAGAGAGGCAUGUUGGUGACCUGGGUAACGUCCUUGCAGGCCCUAAUGGCAGGGCCUCGUUCCGGCUGGAGGACACUCAGCUGAAGGUGUGGGAUAUCAUUGGUCGGUCUCUGGUGGUGGAUUCUGGAGAGGAUGACUUGGGCAGGGGUGGUCAUCCCUUGUCAGGACUAACUGGAAAUUCUGGAGAGAGGCUAGCAUGUGGGAUCAUUGCUCGGUCAGCAAGCCUUUUUCAGAACCCGAAGCAAAUAUGUGCUUGUGACGGAGUCACCAUCUGGGAGGAGAGAGACCGCCCCCUAGCUGGAAAGGGGCGCAGUACAACCAAUACACCAGCUGCCAAUCUAUGAAGGAGAACCCUGCAAGCUCCC